AUGGAAGGCACUCAUACUGUACUCCAGUUGCACAGACCCAUAAUGGAGCUUUGCUACGUCAGUUUCUGUCUCCCAAAGGGAAAAAUCAGAGGAUUCACAUACAAGGGCUGCGUUACUCUAGACAGAUCCAAUAAAUGUUUUCAUAACUGCUAUCAAGUGAGGGAAGGCUCAGACGCGGCAGGAUCAAGUGGGCAAUCCUAUGAAAACAUUGGAGACAUCUUCUUCAAGCAGACUCCUACUAAGGAUAUUCUCGCUGAGCUAUAUAAGCUAAAUGCUGAAAAGGAGAAGCUAUUAGCAACUUUGCUUAGUUCCAGCCACAUUCUAGGAGUUAAAAUGGGAAAUCAGGACGGAAAGCUAGAAGGAGUGCCUCAAAGCCUCGCAUAUAAAGAUGAGGAUAUCCUGGGUUUCAGGGAUCAACAAGAAGCUUUUUUGGGAUCCAUGGAAAUUAAGCCAACCCUGAAAAACAAAAAGACAAGGAAAUUUAGCAAACGGAGAGAAAGCAUUGAAGAUUUUAUAAACAAAAAAAUAAAAAGAAAGGUCCCUGCAGUUUUGGAUCAUUCAGCACUGGAAAGCAAAGACAUUCUGUUGGGAUAUGACAAACUGAGUUCUGCCAGACAUCCUGGUGAUAUUUCUUCCAGUCCUUAUCAGGCAAAGACAGAAGGCAAAGACGAUUUAUCAUUAGAUAAGAAUAAACCACCAGAAAGAUCAAGAAGAGACUGGCAUUUGCUUGAGGACAGUCGGGCUUUGGGCUCUGAUACAGACUCUGUUUCUUUGUCUGAAUAUGACAAUAAUGUGUUGGGACAUUGUUUUGCGCAUUCCAGCCAUAGUCUGCUAGACGAUGUAGAGGAUACCCUGAAAGUGAUGCAAGAGCAGCCAAGCAACCUUGUAAUGCACACUUUCCAAGAAAUAUCAGCACCCAACAAGUCUGAGGCCUUUGAUAUGGCUGCUACAUCAGAAAGACUGCACAGUAAGAAUCGUAUUGCAGAGAUCGGCAACAUCAGACUUGAUGUCAGAGACCUGCCAAAAGUACAAGAUUCAGAACACCUACAGGGAGCUUUAAAAACCUCUGUAGAAUUUGGCCAAAGACUGUACAGCAGCAAAGAAUGUAUUAAUAGUGUAUUUGCCACUGAGAUACAAGAGAAGGAGUGUGAAAGCUCCGUUCAACAAUAUAAAAGAGAACAAGAGCAUGUUAUUGAUGAAUCAUGCAAGCCAGCGGGAGCAGUCAAUAAAGCCCUACUGAAAGUUAUACAGAAUGACAGGUUAGAUGAAACUGCAGAAUGGAAGAGAUCACAGCAUAUUACAAGAGCAGAAAGGAGCCCACCAGUCUUGGGAUAUGAAAAAACCCCUGCAGUCCCCCAAGAGAGCAGCAAACAUUUGUCUUUAAGCUUGCCAAUAGGUUUGUAUCCUGAUAAUUAUCAGACAAGGACCAAUGUUAAACAAGAAGAUAAAAGGCAGCCAUCUCCUCCUUUAGCAGCAGUUAGUAAUGUUUUUAAUAAUUCAUAUCCAGCAUCAAAUACACACAAACAGAUGUCUCCUCCUUUGUCCUCAAGACUGCCUAGCCCACAGCUCCACCACAGAAUACUUCCAUUGCCUACGCCGGACACUGUGGAAGAGUCUGGGCUUAGCAGCCCUCAAAGUUCAAAAUAUUAUAAUACAAAUCUCCCUUUGGAUAGAGAUUUGGAAGCACACCCUCUCAUGUGUUUUGAAUCUGAACAUUCCAGACUCUUUAUGAGACAACCAAGCCUACAUCAAGGUGCUCCAGAGGACCUUUUUGGAAAAAGCAUCCCGACAGAAAAAACUAGUAUCCAACUACAUUCAGAUAAAUUGGACUCUAGGGCAUCAGAAGAACAAGCAGUUCUUAAAGCCUUUCGAAAUGUUAAUGGUGAUAUCCAUAUUGACAGCCAGGAAGUGGGGAAUAAUAUUGGUGGUGAUGAGGCUCCGAGAAUAGCUGGUCUACUUCCAGAAGUACUACAAGCUAAGUGUGAAAUACCACUAAACACAAACGAUGUUCAAGCUACCCUGGAUGCUGGUACUGGCAGCUUGUUUGCCCUAGAAACCAAUGCUACUGCCUCGGUGUUCUCAGGGGUGCUGGGUCCCUGUGCUGCAUCUCACCUUGAGACUGCUGCUGGUGCCUCAGGUGACCCUGAAGCUGAUGUUGGCACUGCAAUUGACUCUGAACCCAGCACUGGUUUUCCAGAUGUAUGCGAGGCUCAUGCUGAUAGCCCAGCUGACUUGGAACUGAAGAAGCCUGAGCAGAAUGAGCUAUCUCUUUGUAGUACCAAAUCUCUACAUUCGCCUUUGUCUGAAUUCAGCAGAAAAAACAACAAGGAUGUCAUUCUUGUUCAGGGUACUUUGGUUCAUACAACAAGUGACACAGAGUCAGACAAUGAAGCCACAAACAUACACUGUGAUGAAAACACAACAAAUAAAUCUACUUUCAACAGUGCUGUGACUUUGCAGGAUAAUGACCAGAGUAAGGAAGAGCAGGUAACAGAAGGAUAUAGACAAACUGGUGGUACUACAAGUGGAGACAAAACAGAAACAUCUCUACCAACUUCUAAAUUGCCUGUAACAGAAAUGGAUAAUACGCUACAGGAAAUUGGCUCCGAUAGUGAAAACAUAAUGCUAGGAGAUGAGAAAAGUAUUAACCUGCCUACUACAGGAGAAGAUGCUCAGGAGUCUGGAGAAGAGCAAGGAUAUCUGGCAAGCAGUUCUAGUAGUGUAUCUAUCCAAAAACCAAGUGCAACUGAAAAGUCCUUUCAGCUUCCUGCCUUCUUUAGUGGAUUCCGUGUACGGAAAAAAGGACAGCCCAGAGAUCUGGGGGGGAGUGUAACUGAAAUCAAACAGAAGGACAGUGACUUGGCUAUGCUUAAAUUAAGGCAGCCUGUUAAAAAAGCCCAUAUUGCACCUGAUCCGUUAUCUAAAAGGAAGCUAUCUGAGCCUAAAGCUAGUCCAACCUUUCUGGAACAACUCUCUCAACUUUUAGGGCCUAAAAAUGAUGAUAAAGAUUCUACUGAGGUAACAAGUGACUCUGGAGGCAGUGAUGACUGUCAAGAAAGCAAAUCUUCUGUGAGAACAGAACCUUCAGACCCCCCUGACGAAGUCAAACCAAGUCCUGCUGAGUCAGCUCUAGAUGCCUUUAAAGCUUUAUUCACGCGCCCUCCCAAAAAAGAAACAACUGCAGACACUUCAGAGCUAGAAGCAAUAAAACACAAAAUGAGACACGAAAAGGAAUAUUUGAAGGCAAUAUUUGAAACAAAAUCAAAAACAAAAUCUGGGGAUGGAGCAAGCGACACAAAACCAACAGAUGCAAGUUCCUCAGAACAGGAUGACAAGACUCCAGGAAGACUCCAGACUAUCUGGCCACCACCCAAAGCAAAAGAUGAAGGAGAGAAAGUUGGAUUAAAAUAUACUGAAGCAGAAUACCAUGCGGCUAUUUUGCACUUAAAGAAGGAACACAAAGGUGAAAUUGAAAAACUGAAGACCGAGUUUGAACUCAAAGCCUUUCAUAUUCGAGGAGAAUAUGCUUUGUCAACUGCAAAGCUCGAGGAAGACAUUGCAAAUUUAAAAAAUGAACUGGAUAAAAUAUUAUACAAGAGAAGUGAGGAGGCAAAGGAUGUCUGCGUAUCCACUGAAGAUGACUACCCACCAAAGGCAUACAGAAAUGUAUGCAUACAAACGGACAGAGAAACUUUUAUAAAGCCAACUGAAGAUGAAAACCGGACAGUCAAAAGUAACCAAACGAUACCUAAGAAACUUAAUAUAUCUUGCUUGAAUAACAGCAUUUCUGCCUCAGUUGAUCAUAAGGAAACAUGCAGUUCUGGCCAUACCUCAGGAAGAUUACCACCACCACCACCUCCUCCUCCUCCUCCUCCUCCACCACCGCCACCACCACCUCCUCCACAUGGUCCAAUUCCUCCAGCACCGGGCUUUGAAACCUCCUAUCCACCACCACCACCUCCACUUCCUGUAUCUUUGGUGACUCAUCACCUUCUACCACCUCCACCACCAGGACCACCUCCACUAGGAGGGGGACCACCUCCUCCUCCACCACCGCCACCUCUUGGUAGCAUGUUAUCAAACCAAGGUCCUCGAAAACAUGCUGUUGAACCCACCUGUCCCAUGAAGCCACUGUACUGGACUAGAAUACAAGUCAAAGAUUGCAGCCAAAACAUAGGACCAACUCUGUGGGAAUCAUUAGAAGAACCCAACAUUUGUGAUACUGGUGAAUUUGAAUACUUAUUCUCCAAAGAAACAGCUCAGGAAAAGAAAAAACCAUUAUCAGAUUCUUAUGAAAAGAAAACGAAAGCCAAAAAGAUUAUCAAACUGUUGGAUGGGAAAAGGUCUCAAACUGUAGGAAUUUUGAUAUCCAGUUUGCAUUUGGAGAUGAAGGACAUACAACAAGCUAUACUAAAUGUGGAUGAUUCAGUAGUAGACCUAGAAACACUGGAAGCACUGUAUGAAAAUAGAGCGCAAAGGGAUGAACUGGAGAAAAUAAAGCAGUAUUAUGACACUUCAAAAGAAGAAGAAGUAAAACUCCUGGACAAGCCAGAACAGUUUUUGUAUGAGUUAUCCCAAAUCUCCAAUUUUGCAGAACGGGCCCAAUGUAUAAUCUUUCAGUCUGUUUUCAAUGAGGGGAUAACUGCAGUGCACCGUAAAGUGGACAUUAUUACUCAUGUUUCUAAGGAGUUGCUGGACAUGAAAACUGUGAAAGAAAUUUUGGGUUUGAUUCUGGCUUUUGGGAAUUACAUGAAUGGAGGAAAUAGGACACGUGGUCAAGCAGAUGGUUUUGGUUUGGAAAUACUUCCCAAACUGAAGGAUGUUAAAAGUAGAGAUAAUAGAAUUAAUCUUGUGGAUUAUGUCGUUACAUACUUCCUACGCCACUGUGACAAGGAAGCAGGAACAGACAAGAGUGUGUUUCCUUUACCAGAACCACAGGAUUUCUUCCAGGCAUCCCAAGUAAAGUUUGAAGACCUAAUAAAAGACUUAAGAAAACUGAAGAGAGAUCUCGAAGUUUGUGAAAAGCAGAUGAAAGUGGUUUUCAGAGACUCACCAGAAGAACAUCUCCAGCCCUUUAAGGAUAAAUUGGAAGAUUUUUCCCUCAAAGCUGCAGAAGAACAUAAGAUCGAGGAGAGUCAUUUGGAGAAUUCACAAAAGUGCUUUGAAGAAAUGGUGACAUAUUUUGGGAUAAAGCCGAAGUCUGGUGAGAAGGAGAUCGCACCAAACUACAUUUUCACGGUGUGGUAUGAGUUCUGCAAUGACUUUAAGACCAUUUGGAAACGGGAGAGCAAAAACAUUUCCAAAGAAAGACUCAAAGUGGCUCAGCAAUCAGUGAACAAGUUAACUGCAGAAAAGAAGGUGGAAACAAAGAAAAUCAAUCCCACUGCCAGUCUGAAAGAAAGACUACGUCAGAAAGAAGCCAGUGUGACCACCAACUGAAAGAAGACACAUGAAAAUAAUGACAGUGUGACUUAAUACCUAGCAUGAUGCUCCACUCUGCCCAUCUCCCUAGGGACCACCUUAUUUUAGAUGUUAUGGAGUUCUGCUUUGCUCUUCUUUUCCUCAG